AAAUAAACAAAUCAAAAAGAAAAAAGGAAACUCAGACAACCACCGAAACACAAAGACAAGACAGUCAUUUCUCUCUCUCUCUCUCUCUCUCUCUCUCUCUCUCUCUCUCUCUCUCUCUCUCUCUCUCUCUCUCUCUCUCUCUCUCUAUCUCUCUCUCUCUCGCUGUCUUCUCAGAAGUUUACGCUUUUUCUUUUAGUUCUCGGAGAACAAGAAGAAGAUUGAUGUCUGAUCCGGCGAUUAAGCUAUUUGGGAACACGAUUCCUUUACCUGAGCUUGUUGGUGGUGAUUCUUCUUCUAGCUAUACCGGACAUCAACACCAGAAUCCUGUUCGGUUAUCAGAUUCGUGUACCGGAGAUGAUGAAGAGAUGGGUGACUCCGGUUUAGCAGGAGAAGGUGGAGGAGAUGAUGGUGGGUUUCACGGUAGAGACAGCGAGAGUGAAAAGGAUGAGAAAGAUAAUCAGUGUGGGGAAGAGUCAAUGAGGGAUGAAUCUAGUAACUAAAUUUGCCUAAGGAUCGAAUGUGUGAUAUGCAAAACUUGUUAAUAAAACAGUUUCUUCGUUUUAUUAAACUCUUAACUUCUUGAGAUCAUCUUACAUUAUAGAUCUCUAUAUAUAGGGUCUUAGCUUAACCUAUUACAAUGUGAUCUAGAAACUUAACAUAAAUCUAAAUCAAGUUUUUCCUUUUUAGUUAUUCAAACUUCCUUUUAUGAAUAACUUGUUUCCUAAGCUAUCUUUGAAGCUUAUCCAACAUUUUCCCUUCUAAGCUUCAAGCCAUCUUUGCUUAAGUCUUGAACUUGAAUCAGCUCCCUCAUCUCUUUGAACUUGAUUCUUGCUAAAGCUUUAGUUAGGAUGUCCGCUUUCUGCUUUUCUCCAGGAACAUGUUCCACAUCAAUCUCGUCUUGCUCCACUCGUUCGCGAAUGAAAUGGAACCUCUUGUGAAUGUGCUUGCUUCUUCGGUGAAACACGGGAUUCUUGGCUAAUGAGAUAGCUGACUUGUUGUCCACUCGUAUCAUCGUCUUCUUCAUCUCUUUUCCUGUAAUCUCACUUAUCAAAUCUUGUAUCCAGACCGCCUGCUUUGCUGCUUCCGUUGCCGCCAUAUACUCUGCUUCACACGAGCUUAAAGACACUGUGUCUUGCUUCUGCGAGCACCAAGUGAUUGGCGUUUCUCCUAGACAAAACAAGUGACCUGUCGUACUUCUUCCAUCGUCCGGAUCCGUGUUGUGACUCCUGUCACUAUAUCCCACGAGAUUCAUUGAUCCACCUUGCUCGUAAGAUAAUCCGUACCCGACUGUUCCCUUUAAGUACCUUAGCACUUGCUUCAGUGCGUUGCCGUGAGAUGUUCUUGGUGAGUGCAUAUAUCUACUCAAGAUGCCCACUGCGUAACUCAUAUCUGGUCUUGAGUGCAUAAGAUAUCUGAGGCAGCCAAUUCUCCUUCGAUAAAGUGUAGCAUCUAUCUCAGGUUCGUCGAGGCCUUUUGAGAGUUGCAGACCGAACUCCAUCGGUAUAUAUGUCGAGUUGCAGUCGUCCAUUGCAGCUUCCUCCAAUACUCUCCUCGCAUACGCUUCUUGAUUGAUCAUGAUGUACUUUGAGCUUUGUCUUACUUCCAAUCCGAGGUAGUAUGUUAGAAGACCCAAAUCAGACAUCUCAAAGUUCUUUGACAUGUUCUUUUUAAACUCUGAGAUUUCUUUUGCAGAGUC